AGGAACGAUGUGACAGUGUCAAACUAAUCCGUGUCUCUUCGGUUCAAUAUUGUGUUUCAUUUGAUGCGAAUGAAAUAAGUCGAAAUGCCUCAGUUCCACGAAGCAUGGAAUGUGGAGAGGAUGCGCAAGGGCAUCAAAGCAAAACGCGCAACUGGCCGAGCAAGGAGUCACACAGACUCGGACGCAGCAUUCCUGCGAUCAUCAGGUGAUGCAGAUGCUGAAAGCGCUUUACCUGCUCAGUUCCGCGUUCGUCUCCACUCGUUGUUCCAUCAGAUUGAAAAAGAGUUCGAGUCUCUGUACCUGGAAAAUCUUGCACUAUCGGAAAGAAACGAGCUUCUGGAGAAAGAAAGUGCGAGUGGCGAUCAGAGAACUUCCAUUACGACGUCGGAUGUUGAUCAUCCCAAGGGAAAA